AUGGAUUUAAGAAAGGACCAAUCGCCACGUGGGAAGGCUCACCAGACACCUGAUCCUCAUUCAGAGAUAGGACACAUUCCUGAAGUCAUUGGAACCAGGUGUUUGCGAAACCGGGAACAACUCAGGAAAAGAAAAGCUGAAGCGCAGGAAAAAGAAACCUUCCACUGGCUGUUUGGGGAACACAAAAGAAGUAAGCGGCAGAGAAUGGAAAAAGGAAAUGAAAGUGGAAGAAGGAGGCAACAAGCCACCAAGCUGAAAGUGGAGCCUCGACCACGAAAAGGAAAGAAAACGGUGGAGGAAGUGUGGGAACGUACAGAGCGAGAACCUACAGAGCAAGAACCUGAGCCCUGUGGGAGUGCCAGGGACGCCUGCCUUCCCGGAGCCUCUGAAGAAGGCGCAGGAGCUGAUGAAGACUUUUCUGAAAGAGGUCAAGAAAGUCUUGUUUAUCAGGAAAAUUGUUCUGAGUCCCAAGAAACAGGGGCACAAAACCACCUUUCCGAAACAGGCCUAGAUAUGGCUGAACCUGAGGUCCUCUCUUCUGAGACGUGCCAAGAGACAGUUGUACUUGAAGACUGUCCUUCCAGAAUGUUCCCAGAUGUUGCCGAACAUGAAACAUGCCAAGAAACACCUGUGCUUCAAGAGUGUCCUAGGAUGGGCCAAGAUAUGGCCGAACCUGAAGUCCUCUCUCCUGAGACGUGCCAAGAGACAGCUGUACUUGAAGACUGUCCUUCCAGAAUGUACCAAGAUAUUGCUGAACCUGAAAUGUGCCAAGAAAUAGCUGAGUUCCAAGAGCAUCCUCCUAGAAUGGACCAAGAUAUGGCCGUACCGGAAGACCUCUCUCCAAAAAUGUGCAAAGGGAGUGCUGUACCUGCAGCCCUUGCUUCUACAACAUCGGAGGAUACAGAUGACCUGGAAGGCUGCCCUCCUGGGCUAUACCCUGAACCAGAAGUGCCUGAAGAUGACCCUCUUGAAACAGACCAAAAACCAGCUGAGGAGUGGAAUUCUGAACUAGACAGAGGAACAGCUGAGAUGGAAAGUGUCUUUCUGAAAAUGCCAGAUACAGUUGUGCCCAAAGACCUGUCUACCAAAACAGACCAAGAAACAACUGAAUCUGAAUCCUUCUCCCACAAAACGUAUGAAGAAAUGACUGUACCUAAAUCCCCUUCUCCUAAAACCCUUCAAGAAACAGCUGAGACUCAAGAAUAUUCUCCUGAAAUAUACAAAGAGACUCCUGAGCUUGAAGACUAUUCUUCUGGCACAAACCAGGAGGAAAUUGAGCCUGACGAAUCUUUGUCUGAAGCAUACCGAGAAAUGCCUAGAUCUGAGGAAAAUUCACCUGAAAUAUAUCAAGAAACAUCUGAGCCGGAAGACCUCCGUACUAAGCCAUAUACAGAUAGAGAUGUGCCCAAAGAAUGCAUUCCAGAAGCAUAUGAAGAAACAGGCGUUCCUGCCGGCCAGAACCCCACGGUACACAUAGUACACCAGGAGGAGACUCAGGAUGCUUCUACUUUCCCUCAAGAGUGCACGCCGUACUGCAAGAAGCACGACUGCGCAGGCGCCUAG